UCUCUCUCUCUCUCUCUCUCUCUCACUCUAGAGAUAAUGGAGCGCAAAGACAAUCAGUCUCCUCAAGAUGAAACCGCUCGGAUUCUGGUCGAGUUCUUGGAGGUGGCAAUCACUUCAAUCGUUUUCCUCAAAGGAAUUUACCCUCCAGGUGCUUUUGAGAGAAGGAAGUAUAUGAAUUUGGUGGUUCAUAGAGCUCGGCACCCUGAGCUCAGAGAUUAUAUCCAUUCUGCUGUCUCAGGACUUCUUCCUUUUAUCAAAAAGGGUCUGGUGGAGAGAGUAGCAGUUAUUUUCUUCGACAGUGACAACAACCCUAUGGAAAGAUUUAUGUUUAAGCUCACUGUGGAUCAGUCUUGUGGCUCAAACGUCAAAGAAGCUGACCUGGAGUUCUCACUUAGGUCAUUCUUUAUCAAGCUUCCUCUCAUAGAAUCCGCUACUAAGGUUCUUCCUCAGAAUUGCAGGUGGGAGAUAACAGCAUACUUCCGGUCCCUUCCUCAGGAAAUUUCAAGCAAGAAUGAAGGGUUGUGGCUUCCAACAGACACAAAGCAGUGGCAACAACCUCCCCUAAUAACUCCUAUUAAGUCGAUGAGUAGCCAACCGCUCUCUGUGCAGUUGUAUCUAGAACAUCCAAGUGUAUAUGAACCAAAGCCGUGAAUAAAGAUUACAAAACUGUUCAAGUGUACGCACAUAUAGUUACUCUGACCCCAGGUAACAAUUGCAACAGCCAUGCUGUCAUCCAUUCUACAUUUGCCUAUACCAUGCGACAGAAGGUUGAUUGCAGGGUUCCAAUGGAAACAAUUGAGUUCAUUGAAUCUAAAUUGGAUUUGCUGAAUGACUUCAAGAAGUCACUGAUUCAAAAGUACCCUGACUUUUUUGCAGUUAAAGAUGUCAAUGGAAGAGCUUAUCUUCAUUUGGAGAAUUGGGACUCUUCACUAGCGGUCGCAGCUUGUGGAACGAUUGGCUAAUGAAGAGGGUUUGUGGGCUCUGAUGGAGUGGGAAAAAAGUUUAGAAAUCAAAAGAUGGGAACUUUCAAGGUCCACAGGCCUUUAUAAUUAUUUGCCUGCUGGUUUUAGGACAAAUGCCAGUUACCUUGAGCAAUUUGAAAGUAGCAGAAACUGGAAUUCCCUUCUCCUUAUUUGAAUGCAAGGAGGUUUGACAUUGCUGACACAAAAGCAAGGAAGUGAAUGGUGCCGGUGUGUCAGUCUUCAUGAACUACUCAGUUUGACUAUGCAGAAGGGGAUGACAUCUUACCUUCUAAAUUGCUGCUUCAUUUGGUAAAACAUCCUGAUCUAAUUUACAUAACUAUUAAACGUACAAGGAGCUCUGUAUUUCUUAUAGAAGCUUAGGAUGGAUCAAAUUUGACGAACAAAUGUCCCCUCCUGUUAUAUAAUGAUAAAUUUGUAGGUCUUAGUGGUGGGACAUAGAUCAACUCAUGUAAUGCGGUAAUAGUCAAAUUCUGUUGAAUAAUUUUGUGCUGUAUCCUAGUAAAGCUGCAAAAUUGAUGAUUA